AUGGCGAAUCCUCUUGAUGACCGGCCUUUAAGGAUUAGGUGUAUGACCUACAAUCUCAACAGAGGGAGAGCGGAGCAGAAGCUCUCGAGAUUGGUGUUUGACGAGCAGGUUGAAGAUGAGUCCCAGCUACCUGACUUCUAUGCGAUUGGGUUCCAAGAGCUUGCUGGUUUGCACCUUACAUUUCCUUCACUAACUGGGGGGGCCAUCCUCGAUCGACGCCAUGCAAUGAUCCGGGCAUUCUCAUCUGGACUGAGGACUAUCAAGGGAGAUCAACGGAAGAAUGAGAAGACGGACUUCGAAGCACUGACCUAUAAUCUUCUUGCCGAUCCCAGCCACGGAGGACUUGGACUACUCGUGUACGCCAGAAAUGACACGGUCUUCAAGGAUAUCCAGAGCGUCAGGACCUCGGAGGCCAGCUGUGGAUUCUUGAACCUGAUGAACAACAAGGGCGCUGUUGGGGUCAGAGUGACCAUCCGGCGUUCUGAUGUCCCUGAUGGAAAGGCACAGGCAGCCGAAGAAGUCCUGACGUUUGUUAACGCCCACCUCGCCGCUCACGACUCGGGAAUCAUAGCUCGAAAUCGCGAUUACCAGUCGAUCAUUAACCGGCUGCUCUUCGAAACCUCCCAUGGCCACCAUACUAUCUAUGAUACCAGUCAUCUAUUCUUCAUGGGCGAUCUCAAUUACCGGAUUUCGCUCACCCCGUCAGCGACAUCUAGUUUGCAGCCGAUCACCAAAGAAAGCUUGACCAAAACCAUUCAAGAAGGCCGCCACUCUAGUUUGUUUCCUGAACACGAUACGCUUUCUCACCAGCACGCGGCCGGGAAGGUUCUAGUCGGCUUAAGGGAGGCUCCCAUCAAUUUCAAGCCUACCUAUAAAUACAAAUUGAACUCCGGAGAUCAAUUUGUCAGCUUUGAUCAUCGUUUGCCCGGAUGGACCGAUAGGAUAUUCUUAGCCUCAUGGCUUGACGACAGCCAGUCAUCUUCUGUUGAUCAGCCGGGUGGAGCCAAAGUGCUCGCAUAUCAAUCACUUCCAGAGUAUGAUGGCAGCGAUCAUAAGCCGGUAUUUGCCGUGAUCGAUCUACCGCGUUACACUCAAAGUCAAUCUAAUCCUCACUUCUUGAAUACCCGACCGCACAUCGAGAUCGAUACGCUCUGGAAAGAGAAAAAGCUGGUGGGUAUGCUCUUGGAUAAAACCUGUGGGCUGUUUCUGUUGGCGGCCGUCUUGGUCGGCUUCGGAAAUAUCCCAUUCGGGUUCAUCAAUCUGGGCCUUAUUUCUCUGUUCGGCUGGAAAUGGACCCACGGCUAA